UCGGGGGGUUGAACAUCAGCCGUACGCCUGCCCAUCUACCGGGAAAAAAACGCCAUGUGAAGGGAAAGUAUAUAUAGUGGGGCAUAGAAUAGUGACUGUGAGAUCGAGACCUCUUUCCAUUCGUCUCUCCAGGCCGGGGUCAGCGAAACCACUGCUUGGCUGAGAGCGAAUGGCCGGAGCGGAGGUGGAGCAGCAGGACAGCCUCGCCGACUAUAGCAGACUCCGGCACCAUGCCGACAAGCGAUGGCCCUAGCCGCAACGCAGUAUUCGCGGCGCCACCCCACGGCAGCCAUCCGAAAUCCCCUGGUUAUGUCCCGGUCCGGGUGGCUCCAGUGCGUUCGCCGCCACCUGCCAAAGCCCCUCAACCUCCACCAAAUAAACCAAAUGGACCAGCCCCGGAGAGACAAGCUACGUUCAGCGUGUCAGUGGAGAACCAGCGACGUGAUCGCGCUCAGAGCCUCUGGCAGAGAAAGAACACACUCAUCUGUUUUGGAGUGUCAACAGGAAUUUUCUUCUUCAUCCUCAUUCUGGUCCUCAGUCUCAGGAGUGGCAAUGUUUUUGAUGAAAAUUGCCCGCACCACCACUUCUCCUUAAGUAGCUGGACUCCUGGUCAUCAACCACAAAAGGACUUUGUCGUCAGAAAGGGAGACUUGUUUCGGUUAGAAUCUUCGGCCUCUUUCAAUUCACUAACCAUCCAAUCAGGAGGUCGAGUUGUUUUUGCUGACGAUGCUGAUGGUUCCCAUAACAUCACCUUAAGAACUCGCUAUAUACAAAUAAAAGAGGGUGGAGCCCUUCACAUUGGUGCGCCCAAAUGCCGCUACCGUUCCCGCGCCACCAUUUCCCUCUUUGGCCGCUCUGAUGACAAGGGAGUCGUAGAUGUUCCUGGUCUGGGCAGGAAAUUUAUCGCAGUCAUGAGCGGCGGGACUCUGGAGUUGCACGGCACUGAGAGAGUGUCUUGGACCCAGCUGACACAAGGCAUCCCAGCCUCCGGUCUCGCCAAUGGAAGCUACGCCUUCCAGAAAAACUUCAGCCGUGGAAUUAACCUCCGCGUCGUGGACCAGGAUACCGCCGCCCUGCUGUGGGCUGAACGCUACGACACUCAUGACUCACGAGACGACAGCCAGCGCCUGACCCAGCUGCUUCGCUCCUUACCUGCUGGUCGCAUCGUCACUCUGGCUGUUGGAGACUCGGCCGUCAAGAGUCUCCUGGAGGAAACCAAGAAGGCCGUAGCAGAGAUUCUGGGCAGUAGUUUGGUCCAUGAUCUCAAAUACAGACAGGCGUGGGCGCUGGUGUCAGUGGUGGGUGGUGGCAACGCAUCAUGCUCUGAGGAAGUAAGGGAACACGAAAACCACGACACUGGGGGACCAGCUUUUGCGAGAAGGAACUUCACCACUGUAAACGGGGUCAGAUUCUCUGUCACUGGCUAUAGCGAGUGGAACAACGGCUUCGCCAUCACUGGCUUUCAGAUUGAUGCUGUGGACCAGUUGGUUCUCAACUUACAGGAUGAAGUGCAGCAGACCUGGAGACCGGGGGAUCAGAUUGUCAUUGCCAGCACUGAUUACUCCAUGCACCAGGCCGAGGAGUUUACCCUGCUGCCCUGCCCGCACUGCACCAGCCAGCAGGUCAGGAUACAAGGAAAGCCCUUGUACAGCCAUGUUGGAGAGAUCAUGGACGGCAUCGACAUGAGAGCUGAAGUGGCUCUGCUCUCCAGGAACAUUCUGAUCCAGGGAGAAAUGGAAAACUCUUGCUAUGGAAAUAACGCGUGCCAGUUCUACAACCACGACACCUAUGGGGGCCACAUUCAGAUCUUUGCCAACUUCUCAUCAGUGCAUCUGUCCCAAGUUGAGCUCAAGAACAUGGGUCAGCAAGGGCAGACGGGCCGCUACCCCGUCCACUUUCACUUGUGUGGAGAUGUGGAUCAGCGGGGAGGCUACCGGGAUCCGACCUACGUCGACGGCUUAUCCAUACAUCACUCCUUCUCUCGCUGCCUCACCAUCCAUGCCACCAACGGACUGCUGGUCAAGAACACUGUGGGCUACGACACACUAGGUCACUGUUUCUUCCUUGAGGACGGCAUCGAACAACGCAACACUUUCUACCACAAUUUGGGUCUGCUGACUCGACCGGGAACUCUGCUGCCCACCGACCGCAAUGAGACUGUCUGCACCAGCAUCAAGGAUAAAGUGUACAAGGGCUACACACCGUCGCCCAGCACGGAGUGCAAGGCAGUUUCGACGUUCUGGAUCGCCAACCCCAACAACAACCUCAUCAGCAACGCAGCUGCAGGCUCUCAGGAUGCUGGCAUAUGGUUUGUAUUCCACAGCGCUUCCACUGGGGACUCGCACGGCUUGUUGCCGGAAACCAAGGCAGAGCUGACUCCCCUGGGAAUUUUCUACAACAACCGCGUCCACUCCAAUUUUAAGGCUGGAUUGUUCAUCGAUAAAGGAGUCAAGACGACAAACGCAAGUGCCGCAGAUCCUCGAGAAUAUUUGUGUCUGGAUAACAAUGCAAGAUUCAGGCCUCAUCAGAAUGCUGACCCCAGCAAUCCUCGGGCGCCCGCCGUCAUCGACACGCUGGUGUCCUUUAAGAACAAUGACCUGGGGGCAUGGAUCCGGGGUGGUGACAUCAUUAUCCAAAACUCUGGAUUUGCUGACAAUGGAGUUGGACUGUCCUUCGCCAGCGAUGGCAGCUACCCAAAGGAUGAAGGCUCCAGCCAGGAGGUGACACAGUCUCUGUUUGUGGGCGAAAGUCGGAACAGAGGCACCAAUGGAGGACAGAAUAAAUACUGGGGCUUAGGAGGACCUGAUGGAAAGAUGAGGACUCUUCCCAGAAACAGGACGUUUCCAAUCAGAGGGUUCCAAAUCUACGACGGUCCGGUCCGGCUCUCGCGGAGCACUUUCCGUGGUUUUGUUGCCACCCCGGAGCGAUACACCAGCGCUGUGGGAUUCAGCCUCAAAAACAACUGGCAGCUCACUCCGCGAAACAACCUGUCCCAGAUCAACUUCCACCCGUCUGUUAGCCUGCGGACGUUCUUUGGUCGCCCGGGACAGUGGUUUGAAGGCAACAACCUGGACGGGGACAAGAACUCAAUCUUCCAUGACGUGGACGGAUCUGUGGCGGGCUACAAAGACACUUACAUCGGCCGAGCUGACAACUACCUUAUCCAACACCCUGGCUGUGUUGCCGAGUCACAGUGGAAUGCGGUCGUCUGCAGCGGUCGCUUCUCUCAGGUCUACAUUCAGACUCAAGGAGCUCCCAGCCUCAGCCUGGCCAUCCACAGAGAUGAGUACCCGGAGAACCCUCUGGUCCUGAAGGGGAUCAACAGUCAGACGGCGAGCUCUCAACAGUACCAGCCAGUGCUGAUGAUGAGCAAAAGUUACACCCUGCACUGGAGUGGAGCUGCACCUCGAGAGGUCGUCCUGUCCCUCAUUAACUUUGAAAGAGAUGACUGGGUUCUGGUGGGACUCUGCUACCCCUCAGACAGCACUUUCCAGAUCAUGGCUGACAUUAACGACCGACAAAGCAACACCUUCGACAACAUCGUGGACUAUGGCCCCGUGUCAUCCAUCUCAGAGCUGGAGAAGAAACCGAUGGAGAGGAAAUACUUCUUUGACCAAAGCGCAGGUCUGUUGUGGUUCUACCUGCGAGCUCGACACGGACGCAGCGGUCACAGUUACUGCUCUGUCAAAGGUUGCGAGAGAGUGAAAGUCACAGUAUCGACGUCCGUCAAAAGGCCUAGUAACUGCACCGACAAGGCCUACCCCAAAUACACCAAACCCCCCGCGGCGGUGGUCCCCAUGCCAGCACUUCAAACACAGCCGUGCCAGGACUGCGGAGCGGAGCGGCUUGUGAUCUCCAGCCAGCCGUGGAUGUCCUACCUCCAAACACAAGUCAAGUCUCUCAGUAGCAAAGAGAUGCAGAGAGGAGACAACAGCUCUUUCAUCACUGUCAACGAGGUGACGAUGUCCUUCCAUGAGCCGGGCUACUUCCUGGUCACGGUGCACGCCUGCUCCGGGGAGGUUCUGAAGAAGACGUUGUUCAGCAGAAUCAACGCACAGAUGGAGCAGUACCUGAAAAGUGGAAUACCAAAGAGAUCAAUAGUUCUGAUGGCGACACGUGGGCCGUCUGAGAGCAUGUCGGCUCUCGCUCCUCAUCUCAUCUCUUUGGGUUUGGCCAAAGCUGCAGAUCUGAACACCAAAGAGAGUCUGGCACUCUGGGGUUUCCGCAGCAGCAGCAGCAGCAGCUCCCCCUCUCCUCCUCCUCCCUGGGUCUCGCUCCAGGCUGGUCACGGGGAAGAGAUCCUGGGUGCGCUGGAGCGCUACCUGCCGCUCGGCCUGGAGGCGUAUGGCUGCACCCCGCCUGCAGCCGAGACCCACCCGGACACCCAGCUGCUGCGACGAGCCACGACUCCACAAUGAGCAAUGUGAACACACACACACACACACACAAACCAGCUGAUGAAUGUGAACUGCUGAACACUUAAUUUAUUACCGUUGGCAAACACCUUUGUCAAGUCAAGAGAAAGUAUUUUAUUGUGAAAGGGAGUUUUUUUUUUCAAUGAAUUUGGCAAGUGUGUGUGUGCACAAAUUUGCCCAGGCCAUUUACCAAUGCACUUUUUCUACCUUUUAAAAACAACACCUCUUCAGGCAGGACCUUACACUUUCACUGUUGUCUGUGGAUUCAGCUGUUUUCCCUUCCAACUCUCCUGACGUGACAGAGGCUGUAAUGAGUGAGCUGUGUGCGAGGUCUUUCAAAAUAUGAAAGAGAAAGAGACGUGAAAUAUAGUGAUCAAAUUAGCUGGUGGAUUCAAAGACAUCUGGAGAAUGUUUGGAUCAAUAGGUUGAAUCUGUAAUUUCAGCGGUAGAUUUCUGUAAAUAUUGAUAUUAAACACACUACAGUACAAUUAUUUGAGCUUCACAUUAUGAGAAUAUUUGCGCUCUAAUUAAAAAAUGCGUUGCCCUCCAAGACAAACUGAUUAAUUUUCUACCUGUGACUGAUCAAAGAGCAGAAAUUCACAAUAUUUAUUGCAACAACACGGAUUUCAUCUGGAGUCAUUAGUUUCGCCGGGCCUGCGGGAAAUUUGGAAUUAAGCCGCUGAGAGGAUGGCACUCGGAAUGAGAUGAGCUGCGGUCAAAAAGGAAAUGAAAGAAAGGAGUGAGUCAAGCAGUAAACAAAUGCAGCUGAAGAUGAGUCUUUUAACGCGGGUUAUUUAUUUCAAGAAGGUUGGGCCUCGAUGGAACGAGUUCACAGCAGAUCAGCAUUUUUUUUUAUACACACUUUUUUUAGAUGUUAUUUAACAUGACCUCUGUAAACUGGAUGUGCGCAGCUCUACAAGCACCUUUUAGCGGAUUCCUGCUCGGGCUAACUGGAUCGUGGUUUUAUUUAUCUUCUGAAUGUGAGUGCUGGUCACGUGAGCAGCGCGCGUCUUAUCUGUUUUAUUCUCUGAAUGUUCUUUCAAUCUGCCUCAUUCAUUGUCGUGCAGAAGCUUCCCACGCGCCUUCCAGUCGUCGGCAGAAAACAGAUUUGUGUUUGAAGUGUUUUGGAACGCGAGCAGGGCUCCCCCACUGAGCGAGGAUGAGUGAGUGCGUGUGAGAUGACUGUAACCACUCGACUGUUAAGGUAGCACAAGUUUUGUGAUGAAAGGAACUCAACAUUUUGUGUCUAGUUGUGUGUAGUGUUGGAUACUGAAGAGUAGAAGAGCAGGGCAUCUGUGCUUGUAACGCAGAUUUUUUUUGGGGGGGGGGAUUGAAAUGCAUUGUGGUUCAACUGUUUUUGGAAAUAAAAUAAACAGGUAUUCUUUGUUACAGAAGCGUGUUGUUUACACCUUGUUUAUUAAAUGUCAUUCACUAAAUGCACACUAGGGGGCAACAGAGGAAUUGAGA